AUGAACUUCGUGACGCUGGUGCUCCUUGCAUCGUCGACGCUCGUUUUUGGAUGUCCAGACAAAUCGCAGGAUGUUCGAGUGAAUCCAACUGAACCAAGUGUAUCUCGCCCGAAACGGCAUGUGCCAUGGAUGGUGGACGAGGCUUACAAUGUUCGCGAUGAAGAGUGGUGCGUGCGUUGGCAGCGAACGAUAAGGAGUGGUGAAUCAGCAUUGGCAGAGCUGGUUGCUAGUAAGAUUAUUCGAUGCCAACGAUAG